CGGGGCACUAACGUUACCUUUUUAUUUAUUAUUUUUAUUCAUAGAAAAAAAAAGUUUCUUUUUUCUUAUCUUUUAACGAAAAAAAUAAAUAUUUCUGUUCGGGUUAUUGCGAUGCUGAAGGAUUUUCCACGAAUAUGACGCGAAAACAACAAAUAUUGCUCUUUUCACUGCUACUAAUUGUAAAAAGACUAGAUGGCUACUUGAUUUCCAGCAACGAAUCCUAUUGGGAUGCGAUGCUUUUCUUCCAUCCAAACUACAUGCUCAACAAUCCUGGUUUGGAUCCAAAUGUUCCGUGUAACUCCAAUGAGCCUUGCAAGCCAUACAACGCGACGUGUCACUCAGUUUACCAAAAAUGUGUUUGUUUUAGAAACUGGGAGUUUGACAAUCUCGGAAUCUGCAUCGAAUGUCCGAUGGAAAAUCACAUUUGUGGCUUUAACGAGUGUUGCGGCAGUGAUAACCUCGUUUGUUAUUACGGACUUUGUAAGCCUUGUGUGCGAGACACGAAUACAGGACGAUGCAUUACGAAGGAGCAGUUGAUGUACACGACUUUGUCACAAAUUAGCUUGGCGCUGGCAAUGGUGCUUGGAAUAUUGGCACUUAUUACGUUACUUUACAAAACUUGCAAGAGACCGAAUACAAUGUUCGGUCACAGUCAACGCCUCGGAGGUCGAACAGGCAUCUCAAUAAUCGACGAUCCAACCCGUCAAUCCAUCACUUCCACACAAAGACGCGUCUUGAACCAACUUCGAGAUCGUCCUCCACGCUACGAACGAGAACCUUCAACCGCAAAUCGCAAUACAAAUCUUCCGCCUCAUGUUUUGGGCGAACCGCCACCAUUGUACACGGAAGUCAGCAGAGAGACAGAAAACCAGCAACAAACUUUACCGGAACUGCCUCCCGCAUAUUCGGAGGAAUUUCCAACAAUUUCCACAAUUAUCCGCUUAACCAUCGAAAAAGAUGAAGAUCCAUCAACUUCGAGCACGGAAAAUAUUUCAACUACGGAAAAUGUUGAAAAAGAAGAGGAAAAACCUCCUGAAAGUCCUGCGACUCAAGAAGAAUUAAAAAAUGAAGAAAUAAUCAUCGAACGAUAAUUUUUUAAAAAGAAUUUUAAUUUGAAUUAAUUUUUAAUAAAAAAAAACGAUUUUUUCGU